AUGAAUACCCACCAAGCCUUUGACCCUGCUGCCUUGACUGGCGUCAAUUGGUCCAACUCAAACUAUUCUAAUCUGGAUGACGUCUGUUUCAACAUGGGAGACUUAAACGAAUACCGCAUCGCCCGCGUGGCUGAAGUGCUGUCUGACUUUCGAGAUCUCCAACACUGCAUCGCCUCGGGAAAUGUCAGUGCCCCUUGCGAGGCUGACCACUUCACGCCGGCAUGGACAUUGUUGCGUCAAUGCGUCGCAGAGGGUCAGUUUAUCCUCGAGUGCUCCGCCGACAUAUCCUAUCCAGUCGGUCAAAACGAACACGAACAGAAGAAGCUUGAACUUCAACAUGUGCUGCUCGAUGCGUACGCUCGUCGACACGAGGCCCAGAAAAUUUACCUGCGCCAGAUGGCAGCUCAGCGAUGUAUAAGCGCUCGCAAGCAGAUUCUCGACACUACCGGAGGUCCUAGCCCAUCCAACGAAUUCCAAUUGUAUGCUUUGGAUGCCCAACUGCAGCAGGAGGUGCAACAAAUUACAGACGAGUCUGUCUAUCUGGACCUGCUUGGCGGUGACCAGAGUCUUGGCCGCUGGACGGUCGAGGAUCCUGGCCUCUUUGACAUUCUCAAUUGGCUGAGUACCCGCUCGUAA